CAGAGUUGUCAUGGCGUCUUUGGGACCGAAGCUAUCGCUGCAAUUUAGCUAAAAUCUGUCGACAACUCGUAAACCGAAAUGGAGAAAAAUGCAAACUUGCAUCGAGACGCUGACGGGAGCUCUUUGUGUGCUACGAUUGCGGGAGAAAUGGGCGAACCUGCUACUGUCGCUGGAGUGAAAGGAACAGUCGACAAAUGCAAGAAUAGUGAGGCUCCUCUCAGUAGUUUGGUUAACGUUAGUUAUAAUAUCAGCACCACAACCGAUGGUGCUCCCAGUAAUGUCACGUCCAGUACCAGUACCGGGAAGUCUGACGUGCAAGAAGUGGUCGAAGUCCUCCCCGAGCAGCAGCAAGAGGAGGGAUACGAGAAGAAGAAGAAGAACGCCGAGGCGAGCGAAUUGUGGUCGGGGUCCGAUCGGAUCAGUAACGGGAUGGGGCAUGACUCUGUGGUGGCCGCAGAAGACAGCCAGGGUGGUGCCUCAAAGUUGGUAAACAACAAAACCGACGCCUCGUCCUCACCUCCCGAUAAAGAGAGCGCAGAUGUGCAGGCUGAGGUUUCCGCCAGCGGAGAAAGUGAGCCGACAAAACUUGCCAAACCGACUAAUCUGUGUCCGGACAAUGCAAACACAGAAAACGUCAAGUCGGGGCUGCCCGCUGAUAACGCCUUAUCAGAGGGAUUGCCGAGUGGGAGUGACCCCGAUCCCAGUCUCGGUGGAGAGUCUCGAAGCAUAGAUUCACUCGAGUCCUUCUCCAACCUCAACUCCUGCCCCAGCUCCGACCUGAACAGUGAGGGGCUGGAGGAAAGAGGAUUGGCCUUGGCCCUGCAGAACGAGUACGGGGCUGAUGGCACGAAGAGUUCAUAUGCGAAGGACAGGGCCGCCGGCCAGUCCAUAUACCACAUUAAGUGGAUCAAAUGGAGGGAGGAGAAUACGCCGAUCAUCACCCAGAACGAGAAUGGCCCCUGUCCAUUACUGGCCAUCAUGAAUGUCCUUCUGCUUGCAUGGAAGGUUAAGAUGCCACCUAUGAUGGAAAUUAUAACUGCUGAGCAACUGAUGGAGUAUCUCGGUGACUACAUCCUGGAAACCAAACCUAAGGAGAUAUCAGAAGCUCAGCGGUUAAACUAUGAGCAGAACAUGAGUGAUGCCAUGGCAGUGUUGCAUAAGCUGCAGACAGGUCUAGACGUGAACGUGAAGUUCACCGGGGUGCGAGUCUUUGAGUACACCCCAGAAUGCAUUGUGUUUGAUCUGCUGGACAUCCCUCUUUACCACGGCUGGCUGGUUGACCCCCAGAUGCAUGAUAUUGUCAAGGCAGUGGGCAACUGCAGCUAUAACCAGCUGGUCGAAAAGAUAAUAUCCUGCAAACAGUCAGACAACAGUGAGCUGGCAGGAGAAGGCAUCGUAGCAGAGCAGUUUUUAAACAGCACAGCCACCCAGCUGACUUACCAUGGACUGUGUGAGCUCACAUCUACGGUACAGGAGGGAGAGCUCUGCGUCUUUUUCAGGAAUAAUCACUUCAGCACCAUGAUCAAGUACAAGGGCCAGCUGUACCUUCUGGUUACAGACCAAGGUUUCCUGACGGAGGAGAAGGUUGUCUGGGAAAGUCUGCACAACGUUGACGGCGACGGCAAUUUCUGCGAUUCGGAGUUCAGGUUGCGGCCUCCUUCUGAUCCAGAGACUGUAUACCGUGGCCAGCAGGAUCAGAUAGACCAGGAUUAUCUGAUGGCGCUGUCACUGCAGCAGGAGCAGCAAAGCCAGGACUUACAGUGGGAACAACUCCCAGAAGGCAUCAGUGAUCUAGAGCUGGCGAAAAAGCUUCAGGAGGAGGAGGACCGACGAGCCUCCCAGUACUACCAGGAGCAAGAGCAGGAGCAGGCGGCGGCGGCGGCAGCAGCAGCACACGCACAGGAGGGCCAGCAGGAUUGGAACCUGGACAUCAGAGGAAGGGGCAAAACAACAACUACUACCCCUUCUCUUUCUUAG